UGUAUGGCUGUAUAUUUUUGUUGAUUUGAUUUGUGUAGCUCGAUAAUUAUGUUUUGUAAGUUCAACUAAUGCAAAACAAUCACAAGAAACAAGUGUUACUAAAAUAAAUUACUAACUAUAGUAAAUUUACUAAUUAUGGAACACAUACGACAGUAUGACUGGUGUACAUUUCUGCCAGACACUCCAUAUUUUGUCACAGAAUCGGAACUGGACAACUGUGUUACGGAGAAGAUAUUACGGAACAAGUUCUCUAACCCACUGAUCUCCAGCGACUCUGAGGAAGAAGGGCAGGCUCCAAAGAUUGACUGGAAUCUUGUAUUUAAAAAAAGAAAUAAUGAGCAGAACGUCCACCGCAUCUUCGUGCCGGGGCUCCGCCCCCCGCCGGCCUACACGCGGCUGUCUGCGCUGUCGUCGCACCAGCACCACAUUGGGUUGAAAGUGUUAUGUGCACUCAACCCGGGCAUAUUAGAAGAUGAAUUCAUGGCUAAACCAAAUAAGUUUGAUAUGCAAGCUUUCGAGGCAAUACAGGAAACAUUACAAAAAGAGCAAAAGGAGUACAUAGACUGGGCUAAAAGUCUCUGGACCAACGGCCAAUGCAUCAGAGCGCUCCGACCCAAGCCUCUAAUAGAAUCCGUAUAUGAGGCGGAGUUCAAAGUGAGAGCUAAUCAGAUGAAGGGGUACCCGAAGAUGUUUGAGCUGGUGGCGCAGAUACCCAUGGAACCGUCUGGGGAGUAUGAUAUGGUGAUGCAGAAGGAACUUAUUGGAGUGAACCCGUCAGAGUUACUGAAAGUAGAGAAACCAGUGAACAUUCGCAGCCGACUGUCGGUGAUGCGGCCCAGCGCAGUCCCCGAGCCCUGCGACCAGCACCCUGUCCGCUUCAUACUGCCAAACGAGAAAAGCAUCUCUGUCCUCCCUGUGACAGAAGUGUACCGGACCCUAGCAGAAUACGCGAUAGACAACGGAGCCCUAUUUGUCGCCAGUGAGGGGGCGCUGCGCUGUAUGGCCGAGCGGCGAGCGUGGGCACUACCUGUGUCCGUCUAUAGCGUUACUCAGCCUGGCCCCUCGCCAGAGAACGUGAACGUGAUCGUGCUGGGCAGCGAGUUCCUGAACAAGCAGGAGAGCGUGACGAGGCGCACGUUCAGGGCGCUCAGACACCUGCUCGAGGCCGCUCUAGUGCCGCCCCUCGCCAGAGAACGUGAACGUGAUCGUGCUGGGCAGCGAGUUCCUGAACAAGCAGAAGAGCGUGAUGAGGCGCACGUUCAGGGCGCUCAGGCACCUGCUCGAGGCCGCUCUAGUGCCGUGAGCCCCUCGCCAGAGAACGUGAACGUGAUCGUGCUGGGCAGCGAGUUCCUGAACAAGCAGGAGAGCGUGAUGAGGCGCACGUUCAGGGCGCUCAGGCACCUGCUCGAGGCCGCUCUAGUGCCGCCCCUCACCAGAGAACGUGAACGUGAUCGUGCUGGGCAGCGAGUUCCUGAACAAGCAGAAGAGCGUGAUGAGGCGCACGUUCAGGGCGCUCAGGCACCUGCUCGAGGCCGCUCUAGUGCCGUGAGCCCCUCGCCAGAGAACGUGAACGUGAUCGUGCUGGGCAGCGAGUUCCUGAACAAGCAGGAGAGCGUGAUGAGGCGCACGUUCAGGGCGCUCAGGCACCUGCUCGAGGCCGCUCUAGUGCCGGCGUCAGAACUAGCCAAGAGGUCGCAAGACUCGCAAGCGCCAGAAGAGGAGAUUGUACCUGAAACCACCUCGUCGCAAGAGCUCGCGUGGCCGGACGAUACGAGCGACGAGGAAGACAACCUGUUCAUAGAUUUCGAUGAACCCUCGACGAAAGAAAGAGACACAGAUACAUCCAGCAAGAACACAGACGUGCAGAUAGAGAUGGAAGUAGACAAAUGUACGCCACAGAAAGAGACGAAGAAUACAACAAAUGUAAACAGAAGUUUUACUGAAGGCUUCGGCGUUUAUAAGUGUACUUGUCAAGAUUCAUUAUUCGAGCGGCCGCCGCCGCGUUCGUUCAGAAAAUGGCGGUUCAGAAAGAAGUCCACUUCUGAAAGUUUCGAUGUCAUUGUGCACUGCGCGCAUAAAUUCAAAGGAUCAGCUGGUGAAGUUCUACUAGAGCCUAUACCGGAAUACCAGGCAGACAUGGGCGCGAGUAAGCAGUCUGAAGAUAGGAUCACCAGUGUUGCCCUCUCGCUCGCACUCAGGGACAGCGACACUAGAGUACUCAAUGUGAGACUCGACGCUGAAUCCGGUGACAUCAUCACAACGGAAGAGUGUACCCGCGCUCAAUUCUACUCUGAACACGGCGACCGCAGCCACCACGCGGCCGGCGCGGUACACUCGGCGCUGAGCCAGCUGCAGGGGCUCGUGCCGGGACACUACGUCAUGCACCACGAGGUACACAGUGAGCCACAGUUGUACUCUGAACACGGCGACCGCAGCCACCACGCGGCCGGCGCGGUACACUCGGCGCUGAGCCAGCUGCAGGGGCUCGUGCCGGGACACUACGUCAUGCACCACGAGGUACACAGUGAGCCACAGUUGUACUCUGAACACGGCGACCGCAGCCACCACGCGGCCGGCGCGGUACACUCGGCGCUGAGCCAGCUGCAGGGACUCGUGCCGGGACACUACGUCAUGCACCACGAGGUACACAGUGAGCCACAGUUGUACUCUGAACACGGCGACCGCAGCCACCACGCGGCCGGCGCGGUACACUCGGCGCUGAGCCAGCUGCAGGGGCUCGUGCCGGGACACUACGUCAUGCACCACGAGGUACACAGUGAGCCACAGUUGUACUCUGAACACGGCGACCGCAGCCACCACGCGGCCGGCGCGGUACACUCGGCGCUGAGCCAGCUGCAGGGGCUCGUGCCGGGACACUACGUCAUGCACCACGAGGUACACAGUGAGCCACAGUUGUACUCUGAACACGGCGACCGCAGCCACCACGCGGCCGGCGCGGUACACUCGGCGCUGAGCCAGCUGCAGGGGCUCGUGCCGGGACACUACGUCAUGCACCACGAGGUACACAGUGAGCCACAGUUGUACUCUGAACACGGCGACCGCGGCCACCACGCGGCCGGCGCGGUACACUCGGCGCUGAGCCAGCUGCAGGGGCUCGUGCCGGGACACUACGUCAUGCACCACGAGGUACACAGUGAGCCACAGUUGUACUCUGAACACGGCGACCGCGGCCACCACGCGGCCGGCGCGGUACACUCGGCGCUGAGCCAGCUGCAGGGGCUCGUGCCGGGACACUACGUCAUGCACCACGAGGUACACAGUGAGCCACAGUUGUACUCUGAACACGGCGACCGCGGCCACCACGCGGCCGGCGCGGUACACUCGGCGCUGAGCCAGCUGCAGGGGCUCGUGCCGGGACACUACGUCAUGCACCACGAGGUACACAGUGAGCCACAGUUGUACUCUGAACACGGCGACCGCGGCCACCACGCGGCCGGCGCGGUACACUCGGCGCUGAGCCAGCUGCAGGGGCUCGUGCCGGGACACUACGUCAUGCACCACGAGGUACACAGUGAGCCACAGUUGUACUCUGAACACGGCGACCGCGGCCACCACGCGGCCGGCGCGGUACACUCGGCGCUGAGCCAGCUGCAGGGGCUCGUGCCGGGACACUACGUCAUGCACCACGAGGUACACAGUGAGCCACAGUUGUACUCUGAACACGGCGACCGCGGCCACCACGCGGCCGGCGCGGUACACUCGGCGCUGAGCCAGCUGCAGGGGCUCGUGCCGGGACACUACGUCAUGCACCACGAGGUACACAGUGAGCCACAGUUGUACUCUGAACACGGCGACCGCGGCCACCACGCGGCCGGCGCGGUACACUCGGCGCUGAGCCAGCUGCAGGGGCUCGUGCCGGGACACUACGUCAUGCACCACGAGGUACACAGUGAGCCACAGUUGUACUCUGAACACGGCGACCGCGGCCACCACGCGGCCGGCGCGGUACACUCGGCGCUGAGCCAGCUGCAGGGGCUCGUGCCGGGACACUACGUCAUGCACCACGAGGUACACAGUGAGCCACAGUUGUACUCUGAACACGGCGACCGCGGCCACCACGCGGCCGGCGCGGUACACUCGGCGCUGAGCCAGCUGCAGGGGCUCGUGCCGGGACACUACGUCAUGCACCACGAGGUACACAGUGAGCCACAGUUGUACUCUGAACACGGCGACCGCGGCCACCACGCGGCCGGCGCGGUACACUCGGCGCUGAGCCAGCUGCAGGGGCUCGUGCCGGGACACUACGUCAUGCACCACGAGCCAAAUCACGGUCUCAACGCAUUACUCUACGCGCCUCGCAACACGGGCAAAGCUCAACAACUGAAACUAGAGUUCGACAGCACACAACCCGCGGAGGCCGACGAGGCCAAAACUGUGAAGACCCCGCCGCAGCUGAUCCCGGCUUUAUUACCGUGGCAUAAGUUCCGCAAGAUCCUGCCGUGCACGUUCACGCACUACCCGAGCCAGCUGGCCAAGCCCAAGAAGCAGCCGCCGAGGAAGAAGACCCCCCCGCGCGCCCUCAAGAACGAGGAGAAACGCCGACGGCAGAAAAAGUGGCCAAAGAAACGUGGGGGUCUCAAGAAAGCCGAAUGAAAUGAAGACGAAUGAAAAUAAAUACUAUUUAACAUGUUAAAUAA